GAGAAACUGUGGUGGAUUUCACAAUGCCUUACUAUAUGGAAUCAACGACGCUGGUGUCUGGAGCGCCGAAAGAAAAAAGCAGAACCUUCGCUGUCUUUUCUCCGUUCACAAUAGAGGUGUGGUUGUGCAUUGUUGUGGCAGUGGCAGCGGUGGGACCAUUCCUGUACCUGGUAACGCGGCUGCUGGUUCACGUGUUGGACCAUCCCGAUCAGCCGCACUACACCCCUCAGGAGCUCACCUUUAACAUGUACCGCAAUCUGAUGGUGCAGAACAACCUCAUCACCACCUCCAGCUGGGUUCUGAAGUUGAUUUUCUUCGGCUGGUAUCUCUUCUCUUUCUACAUUUACGCCAUGUAUUCUGGAACCCUGACAGCAGUGCUAGCCAUUCCGGCGUUUGAUAAGCCCAUCGACUCCCUGCAACAACUGGCAGACGCCCGCCGCCGAGGCUACACCAUUGGCACCACCAGAGACUCCAGCUUUGAGGAGACCCUAAAGGGAGCUAAAACUGGAAUUUACCGGGAGGUUUGGCUGCUCAUGAACCACGAAGACAGAGACGAGAGUUUCCUGCCUGCCCCGCAAAGCGGUAUCGACAUGAUCCUAAAGCGGGAGUACUACGUGUUCAUCAACGCUCAGCUUAACUCCGUCAUGAAAGCCACACAGAGCGGCCAGAGACACAAAUUCCAUAUUGGCCGAGAGACCUUCCUGCCCCAGAGCUAUGGUAUCGCCUGCAGCACCGGCUCUCCCCUGAGGGACGCCUUCAGUGACAUCUUGCGGCGGUUGUCAGAGGGCGGUCUAGUGUACAAGUGGGCAGGGGACGAGGUGGCUGGAGGAUCCUCUAGUAACCGUGCAGGCAAGACCACGGGGCCUCCUGCCAUCACCGUCCAACACCUUCAGGCGGCGUUCUUCUUGCUAACCUUGGGUCUGGUGACGUCCACGGUAGUGUUGGGCGGAGAGAUGGUGCUCAGCAAAUGGUGCCAUCCAAGGGAUGAUCGAAGAAAAUUCUCCUUCACCAAAAAGUGAGGCAAGUUGUGCUAAAGAAUUCCAUCUCUGAAACUUGUCCUUGGUCCGAGUGGCUCAUACCACAUUUUUCUUUAUAUAUGAAAAUGACAAACGCUAGAAAAAGAAAAAGAAUGUCCUUUUAUAUCUCUCUAUAUGCUUAACAGAUCACAAAUCAUCGAAUUUUUCACCUGUACAUUGAGACUCAAUGAUAGGUUCCAUGGACUCUGUCAAGGACAUCGCAGAAGGUACAGAUACAGAAAGGUAGAAGAAUUCGUGAAGGCCUUUUACACGAAUAUCACUCUGGCUACACGUAACUAUGUAGAGGUGCACUAAAACAUUAAUUUCUCCACAGGGUGUCUAGAGGAAAGGAGGCCAUCCUGUCAGUCACCACUGGAGCACAGCGGUAACUAGAUACACGUGCUUCAACUUGGGCGUCUCCUUUCCUUGUAUUA